AAUUUUCGAGAGCCAAUCAAGUACUCCCCUACCUAUUCGUUUUUACAUCUUGUUCACGUCUCAUAGGGAUACUUCUCCUUGAACGAUGAAGAGCAAAAUUGUUCUCUUUGUCGCCUUUUCCGUAUUUCUUGCGGCUAAUGCUACCAUUUCUCCGCUUUCUAAUUUAACUCCAAAUAAUCGUACAAAAUGUCCAGAAGAUAAUAACAGACCUCCAAAUCGUGUAAAUACAACUGUUGUUUUGAAAGUACUUAGGGAUGAAAUGAAAAAAGAAGGUCUAAGUGUUUAUAUCAUAACAAAUUCCGAUGAAAAUCUUAAUUCUGGAGCUCAUAAUAUGAGAGUUAAGAGAAUUAGUGGCUUUAGUGGUUCGAGCGGUUUUGCUAUUGUUACUGACGACAAGGCCGUUCUUAGUACCGAUAGUAGAUAUUUUGAACAAGCUGAUGAUGAAAUGGAUUGCAAUUGGAUUCUUUUAAAAAGCGGAGUUCCAGGAUAUCCAACUCCAUACUCAUGGAUACUAUCUGAAACAAAUAUUGCAGAUUCCGUUGGUUUACUAGAUGCAUCGACCACACAUAGCAGUUUCCAGGCUUACACUGACAACUUGCAAGAUAGAGACGUCCGUAAAGUUACAGACGAUCUUGUUGCAAGAAAUUGGACACAAAGACCUCCACUUCCAGACAAUGAUAUUUUUAUUCAUACUUACGAGUAUACUGGACAAAAUCAUACUGAUAAAAUAAGCAGAAUAAGAAACAGCAUUAAUGCAGGAGAUGUAAGAAUAAUAACUGAUUUACCAGAGAUUGCAUGGUCAUUUAAUAUUCGGGGAGAUGAUCUAAAUGGAUUAUUGACAAGCCCUUUGUUCUAUUCUUUUGCACUUAUACCAAAAGAUCCCGCAAAAAAUCCAACUUUGUAUUUGAAAAAUUUUGCAGCUAAAUUGGGUAAAAAUAAUUUAAAAGAGCACUUAAAGUGUGACAAUCAAGGACAAUGCCCACCUAAUCAACAAGAUUGCAUAAAGGUGAAGGAGUAUGCAACCUUUUUCACGGAUCUUCCAAAUACACCUGAUCGUCAUAUUCUUCCUAGUAAUGUGAACUUGAGAGUUCAUGACGCCGCAACAACACCUGUCAAAAGAAAUUCAGCCAUUCAAAUGAUGAAAGCUGUGAAAAAUGACGUUGAAUAUAGACGAUACUUUGAGUGUCAAGUUAGAGAUUCAGCUCAUUUAGUUGAAUUUAUGGCAUUUUUUGAAGAUCAAAUAGUUAAUAAAAAAGCUGAUAAUUGGACCGAAUUAACGGCAGCUAACUAUCUAGAUAGUAUCAGGAGGAGAGAUCCUGUGAAUAGAGGAAUAAGUUUCGGAACUAUCUCAUCCAUUGGACCCAAUGCUGCAAUAAACCAUUAUAGACCUACGAAAUUAACAGAUAGACGAAUUACAAGAAAUGAACUUUAUUUGUUGGACUCCGGUGGUCAAUAUCUUGAUGGUACCACCGAUGUUACCAGAACUUUCCACUUCGGUACUCCAACUGCAGAUGAGAAACUCGCUUAUACAACAGUUUUGAAGAGUGUUAUAGGUUUGGCAAGUUUGGUAUGGCCAGAGGGAAUUAAAACAAAUUUAGUUGAUAUGGCCGCAAGAGCACCUACUUGGAAGACAGGCUGGGGUUAUGGCCACGGAACUGGUCAUGGAAUAAGCUAUUUCUUAACUGUUCAUGAAGGACCUUCCAACUUAAAUUAUCAAUCUGCCAGAGAUAUUGUGCCAAACAUGCUCUUUUCUGAUGAACCUGGAUUUUACAAGAGUGGCAAGUACGGAGUGAGACUAGAAUCUAUAGUUGGUGUUACGAAAUGGAAAGGAGCUGAAACUUACCUGGGAAGGACCUACUUGACAUUCGAAGCUGCUACUUUAGUUCCUUUUGAACCAAAGCUAAUCAAUUACGAUGACCUAACUAAGGAUGAGAGAGUAUGGUUAAAUAAUUACAACGAAGAAUGCAAAAAGAAGACCGGUGAAUAUUUGAAAAGUAAAGGCAAGACCGAAGCUGUAAAAUGGCUCGAAGCAAGGACGAAAAAAUUAUCUACAACUCCUAACUGGGACCAAACAACACAACGACCACCUUCGGGAGGAAGUGCUUUAAGACAAACUUCAGUGUUUGGUCUCAUAUCCCUAUUCCUACUAUACGUUCUCUCUUAAGGGAAAUGAAAUGAAUACAAAUAAUAAUAUUAUAAAAAAGACAAACUUUUUUAAUAUUCUUACAUAAUCUUUGUACUAUAAACAGUCAAAUUAGUUACUAAUAUAGAUAAAGAGAAAGAAUUGAAAGUAUUGUGAACCGCACUAGUUAUUAAUUAUAUUAUUAAAUACAC